UUCCAAGAUGGCUUCCAAAAAUUUUCUUCGAUUUUUUGGCAGACAAAAAUAUGGAAAAUACCUUCAAAAAGCACAUUUAUGUCAACCAGUGCGACAUUCGUCGGCAUUUACUUAUGUCCCAGAAUCAGCCCCACCUAUGUCUGGUGAAACUUCAAGAAUGAAUCUCUUCCAAGCUGUUAACAGUGCUAUGGAUGUCUCUCUUGGCACAGAUCCCACUGCAGUCAUAUUUGGUGAGGAUGUAGCGUUUGGUGGUGUGUUCCGUUGUACUGUUGGCUUGAAGGAUAAAUAUGGUAAAGACAGGGUCUUCAACUCUCCACUGAGUGAGCAAGGCAUUGUCGGCUUUGGUGUCGGAGUGGCAGUGGCGGGGGCAACAGCUAUAGCAGAAAUCCAGUUUGCUGAUUACAUUUACCCAGCUUAUGACCAGAUCGUUAAUGAGGCGUCAAAGUUCCGCUAUCGUUGUGGAAACCUCUUCGACUGUGGACGUCUGACUAUCCGAACACCUUGCAGUGCUGUCGGUCAUGGAGCGUUAUAUCAUUCACAAAGUCCCGAGGCCGUUUUUGCUCAUGUGCCAGGAAUAAAGGUUGUGAUACCAAGAGGGCCAAUACAAGCCAAAGGUCUUCUACUCAGCUGCAUACGAGACGAAAAUCCUUGCAUUUUCUUUGAGCCAAAAAUAUUAUAUCGGUCUGCGGUGGAGCAGGUACCCACGGGGGACUACAUGUUACCUAUAGGGAAGGCAGAAGUUAUUGUUGAAGGCACUGAUGUGACAAUGCUCGCUUGGGGUACUCAAGUGCACGUGUUACGAGAGGUAGCAAAUAUGGCUCAGGAAAAGUUAGGCGUAUCAUGUGAAGUUAUAGAUCUGAGGACGAUAUUGCCAUGGGAUCAGGAAACGGUAGCUGAGUCGGUUUGCAAGACUGGUCGGUUGCUCAUAUCACACGAGGCACCAAUCACCCAGGGUUUUGGUAGUGAAAUUGCAGCAUCGAUACAGAAUGAAUGCUUCUUGAAUCUGGAGGCUCCCAUCGCUCGUGUCUGCGGAUACGACACCCCGUUCGCUCACGUCUUUGAACCAUUCUACGUGCCAGAUAAACAUAGGUGCUUUGAUGCUCUCAAGAAAAUGAUGAACUUUUAAUGAGGAGUUGUGCUAGUUCUGGAAAUGAAUGCUGGAAAUCCACUGGUGCCUGCACAGUUUGAAGUGGAGAGGGCACCACUGGAGCAAUAGCAAAUGAAGCUGAAUUACUUGGGGUUUUCGGUGGCUUGUUUAUUUUGGGGGGGGAUUGAUUUAUUCACACUUUUCUUGGUCAGGUUUUAAAAUCAAUUCUUCAUUGAAAGGGUUGGCCAAAGGGAUAAGAAAGGCAGUCCCUGUUACAUGGGAGAGCAGGGCACAGUGGACCAUUUUCGGGUUUUUGGUCUUCAUGCAAAACCUCUAGAUGUCACAACAUUUUCCCAAGAAGAUUUAUUGGAUUCUGCUCAACCAAGUUUUGGUGGGAGCAAUUUUCAAAAUAAAAUAUUCUGUGCACCACCAGCUUGCCCCACUGUGCCAUCACUGCUUGCAAAAUUACUGAGGGGUUUGAAAAAUGCAUUUUGCAGGUAUGAAAAUGAAUAAUAUGAAUUCUUGAAAUAAUGAUAAAUGUGUUAUACAAAGGUGAAAUACAAAGCCACAUUGAAAGGUUUUGUUUAAUUGAUCGGAGUUGUGAGAAACUGAUGGCCCCACGGCCCAUUGUGCCUUGCCCCCUCGGCCCAAAACACACACUUGACCAGGUGACGCUCGUGGCCUGGCCACGAGUGGUUUUGUGUAAUUGAUCGGAGUUAUGAGAAACUGAUGGCCCCACGGCCCAUUGUGCCUUGCCCCCUCGGCCCAAAACACACACUUGAACAGGUGACGCUCGUGGCCUGGCCACGAGUGAAUGGGUAUGACCCAAAAGGGGGGCAAGUUCCCAUGCAUUGCAUUACAUGCACUUCUCCGAACUCCCCAAUGUGGAAAAUGGUUUGUCCGGCUAGAGUUAUCCCUUUGAGGCUGUUGCAUCAAUGCCUAUUGAGACCAAGCAGCUUCUUUGAACUUUGUAAGGAAAUCUAAUGUUAAUCUGUUUUGUGUGCAAAUAGAAGUGUGUUUAUUCUAAUCAUGUGAUAGGUUUUCUCAACGAAGACAUUUCUUGGAUUUUGGGGAUAUUUGAUUGUGGUAAAGUACAGGCAUAUCAGCUGUUAAAAUGAAUACUCCUUGUUUAUGGGGUUAAGUUUGUAUUGUUGAUGGAUCAUUUUUUGUGAUGAAGUCAUUGUUAGGAAAACCAACUGGGACCAACAAAUGUCUACUUCAAUACUUAACCCUCUUUUAUGUGUUUCCCUGUAUUUUUCCUGGAGCAUUUCAGGAAAACCAACUGGGGACAACAAAUGUCUACUUCAGUACUUAACCCUUUUUUAUGUGUUUCCCUGUAUUUCCCUGUAGCAUUUCAGCAAUUUUCACCCAAAAAGACCUCCAAAAGCACCCAUGUACAUGACACCUACUAAAUUUCAAUAGUAUUUCAGCAAUAGAUCCCGAACUGGCCGAGAUCCGGCCUUAGUUUCAUUGCUUGAGUCAAGAUGGCGAUGGUGUCGCUUGAGAUUAGGUACAUACUGGCGGCCGGAUAGGGAUAUACAGACGAAAAUCAGUGGCCGGUUAUCAGCCGGAUAAUGGUCUAGAUUAGGACACAAUGAUCAAUGGUAUGGCUCUGUUGUGUAAUGAUUUUGGGUGGAGACCAUGGGUGAUAUGAAUAAACACUAGUAAAUGCUUUUACUUCUAUUUUGUACAGAAAUGCCUAGUGUAAAUGUACGUGAAGUUUUAAGAAAAAGCAUUUCCUAGUCUUUAUUCAUAUCACCCAAUGUCUGAUAAGAGAAUGCUUUUUGAACAAAUAAGUGGCAGACAGUGGUUUUCCUAAUGAUGUUCAUUCAGCAUGCUGGUUUUAGCCAUGCAAGUCAAUGCACAGUAUCACUGUAAAUAAAGUAUACACUAAACCAA